AAGAAUGAUUCUCCCUGUGCUGAUCACUUCUCUUUCCCAAAGAUGAAGUCAUGAAGAUGUAAGGGCUGAAUCAAUUGCUCCCCAUCUCAUCGCAUUCCCUCUCUUAGAAUUUUUGAUUGAAUAAAUCUCUACUGUAUUGUUUUUAUGGACGCCAAACGUUCUGAAGUGCAGCAGUGGCUGGAAUCUAUCUAUGGAUCAGCUUCAGCAGUGCCAUGUUACGAGAAAUCCUCUGCAAGCAUCAAUCUUCUGCAUCAGCUCAUGACUGUAUCUAAGGAAGCUGACAAACAAGCUCAAAUCUUGAAUCAAGAUUAUUUAAUUAGAGCUGAUGAAUACACUGCUAAAAGUGAACAGAUAGCCAGUGCUAUGAGGUGUGUGGGGCUUAGCAUAAGUAGCUUGACUGAUGAUGCUCGAUGUGCUCUCACAGAACUUUCUCAAGCUGCAACUGUCGUAAAUGCAGCAGUUCCGUCUGAAAGCCAAAUUAUGCUAGGCAGUGUGCAGCUGGAAUCACAGCAUGACGAGAUAUGCCGGCAAGCCUCGGAAAGUGACGAGUUACGCUCCCAACUUUCCACGCUCUCCCAGCAACUGGCUACGAAAAUACAGCACGCCAAAAUGCUAAAAAAUCAAGUGGAGGUCGCCUUGGAGCUGGAGAAGAAGGACGAAGAAAACGACGAACGACGCGCGCUUUUCCACGAGAAGAAGCUUAUGGAAUAUGAGAAGGAUAUUAGCGAAGGAGAAGCGUUGUUGAAGCACCGUGGCUACACAGGCAGCAUCACGCACGACAGCGUCGUGCAGCAGUGGCAGGAGUUACAACAGCUACAGAAGCAGGUGACCACGCUGCGCUCGCAGCUUGAGUCGUACAGCCUGCCGCCCGACGUGAGCGCCGUGAGGCUCGAGGUGGAGCGGUGUCGGCAACACCUCGCUUCGCUCGUCGCAGAUAUGGCCCAGCAACAAACUCAAGGCUUCACGUGAUAUUUUAAUGCCUCUUAGAAUAAACUCGUCUUCUUGAAAUAAUGUUGUUCAUACUUAGACUUUCAUGUGAAAUUAUUUGCUCAUUUUACAUCAGGAUACUAGUUUAUGUUUAUGCUGAGCGUAUUGCUAACGUCAUUGAGUUAUCCAUUUUGAUUUUGGGAGUUUAUGUUUCUCGCCCGAUGAGAUUAUUAUUAAACUGCCAGUUACUCAAUAUUUUGUGAACUCUUUUUGGAUGGUUUCCGUCUUAAAUUUAUGGUGCGUUUUCAUGAUCUUUGUAUAGAUCUUGGAUUUGGAUGGGAAAGGGUGUUAUGAUGUCAAUUCCCUACAGGAAUUUUAAAUGAAGGAGCUCUCUUUGAAAUCCAAGGCAUUCUUCCCGUUUUCUAGAAGUUUCAAUGAGUAAAAUCAAACUCGUUUCGAACGCAAUUUGUUAACUGAAAUGCCUAGCUUCUAACGACGUAACAUUCGCUCAUCAGCGAUCAAUGUACACGUUUUUGCUAUAAAAAUUUAAUUGACGCUUUUGUCAAGUACUUAAAGUGGGGGUAUUGAAAUGAAGUAAAGAAUAUCAGUCUAUAUUUAUCCAAGACAUUUUACAACAUUGUAACUUUUAAGACAACUUGUACAAGUAAAAACGUUCCACCCUAUAAUGAA